CUCGUCAUCAGCAAUCAUCCAACACCGCCGGCCAAGACCGCCGGCCUCGUCUCUCUCCAGAUCUCUCUUCCCAGUUGCACAGCGUGGGCGCUCAUGGACACGCUCUUCCAAGUCACGAGUCAUUCAAACAUUCCACGCUGCUCGCCGCGCUCGCUAUUCCUCGCAUCCGUCUAACCGUCCCCGAGCGCUUGCGUCGCCGUUGCAUCGGACGCGCUCAUAACCGCUGUCCGUCAUUAUAUUCCUCGCUGUCUCACCCACGCGUCCUCCUCUAUCCCCCAUCACUAUCAACUCCGACAUGUCCACUAUGUCGUCCCUCACCGACAUCCCGUUCGUGGCAAAACUAGCCGACAUCCCAGUCGUGUCCACCCUCGCCGCUCACCCCUACAUCACCGCCGUCCUCCUCACCCUCGUCCUCGGAUACAUCUACUGCUUCCCCUACAGCGACUACCGCUAUGGUAUCCACAACGUCCCCGGCCCCCCCAACCCCCACCUCUUCUGGGGCAACCUCCAGGAGGUGAUCAAGGCGCCGCCAAAUGCGAUGCACGAGCAGUGGUUCAACACGUACGGCAAUGUCAUUCGCUACAAGUUCCUCAUGGGCGCGCAGCGCCUCACCUCGGUCGACAUGGGCUUCAUCGGUUAUGUGCUGCAACACAACGACGAGUUCAUCAAGCCGGUCCGCGCGCAGGAGAUGCUCGAGCGCCUGCUCGGCAACGGCGUCCUCAUCGCCGAGCACGCCGCGCACCGCCGCCAGCGCCGCGUCCUCAACCCCGCGUUCUCGCUCGCCGCCAUCCGCGACAUGACCCCAAUCUUCUACGACAAGAGCUACGAGCUGCAGCGCAAGCUCGCCGAGCUCAUCGAGGAGCCGUCGGAACUGGACCAGGCCGCGCCAACCCCCGCCAAGCCAGAGGAUGUGGUCAAGGGCGCCCGCAAGAUCGACGUCAUGCGUUACAUGGGCGCGGCGACGCUCGAUGUGAUCGGCCUCGCUGGCUUUGACUACGAUUUCAAUGCCCUGCGUGAUAACAAGAACGAGCUCGCCGAGGCGUUCCGCACCAUGUUCUCCGCUGGCACCAGCCCGUCGGCCAUGAACAUCCUGCAGAACUUUAUCCCGAUUCUCCAGUUUGUCCCGACAAAGGCUAGAGAAGCGACGCGCCGCAGCCGUGCUGUCACCGUGCGCAUCGGCAAGGAACUGAUGGACAACAAGAAGGCGGCGGUUCGAGCGCUGUUCGCAGGCGAAGUUGAGAAGGGCUCGGACAUCGGCAAGGAUCUCCUCUCACUCGUCAUCAAGGCCAACAUGGCCUCCGACCUCCGUCCGGACCAGCAGUUGACCGAUGACGAAGUACUUGCGCAGAUCACUACCUUCAUGCUUGCGGGUAACGAGACGUCGUCGACAGCCCUGACGUGGCUCCUCUACCGCCUCGCGCUGCACAAGGACGUGCAGGACCGGCUGCGCGCCGAGUGCCAAGCGGUGCCCACUGACCGGCCGAGCAUGGACGAGAUCAACGCGCUCCCGUUCCUCGACCAGUGCGUGCACGAGUCGUUGCGCUUCGACAACCCCGUGGCAAGCACGAUCCGCGAGGCCGUCAGCGACCAGGUGAUUCCCCUGUCCGAGCCCGUGAUGGGCCGUGACGGCAAGAUGAUGAGCGAGAUCCACGUCAAGAAGGGGACGACGAUUUUCCUGCCGAUUAUGAAUGUGAACCGCAGCAAGGAGAUCUGGGGCGAGGACGCGGACAAGUUCAACCCCGACCGCUUCAGCGUGGGCGGCAUCCCGCGCAAGCACGUCCCAGGCGUGUUUGGUAACCUGCUCACAUUCCUCGGCGGCGCGCGUAACUGCAUUGGAUACCGGUUCGCCCUGAUCGAGAUCAAGAUGAUUCUGUUUGUGCUGAUGCGGUCGUUCGAGUUUGAUGAGCUACCGAGCAAGCCCGAGUACGAGGCCAAGUCGUCGUGAGUGGGGUGUAGGCGGUGUGGCUGACGGCAGCAUUGUGAUGCGUCCGCGUGUGGUGGGCGAAGAGGACGCGGGGUUGCAGAUGCCGCUGCUUGUACGGUUGCUGGAGCAGUAGACGGAAGAAGAGCAAGAUUGUCAAGAGUAGUAUUACCAAGAUAUCAAGAUAGAGACUUGUUAUGGAGACGAGUACGACGUACGACGAGCGUCGGGUCGGAGGAUAUGAGGUAAUUAGCAUUUGCCUCGAGCCCGGCGUCUGGAAGCGAGGGAACCCUGAGGCAAAGUCGAUUUCGGUGAUUGAAACGACUCCCCCCGUCGCCUCCAUCGCUCCAUCUCCGGCCUUUGCUCUUCGCCACGCUCGUCGAGCUAGUCAUCAUUCGGAAACACGGCCCCAUCCUCCUCCUCCGCCGCCCCCGCCCGAUCUCAUAGAUAU